UAACCCAGCAAAGCCAUUUGUCCUUUUGGAAUAGGGCAAAUAGUGGAUGGCAGCAGAAAUCCAACUAAGGCCUGGGAGUGCUGAGGCACAGAGAGGAGAGCACAGCUGAGAGAAGAGGCUGCAGAUAGUGAAAAUCACAUUCAAGUUGGCUCCCAGUUCUUGGUGACACCCUCCCCCAGCUCCUAGAGGGAGACUGUUACAUUAUGAAAUUAAUUGCCAUCCUUUUCCUCUGCUCCAGGCUGCCACUAAGUUUAACGGAGGAGUCCUUCUCACAAGAAAUUGACUGCAAUGAUGAGGAUGUAUUUAAGGCAGUGGACACGGCUUUGAAGAAAUAUAACCAUGGAAACCAUAAAGGCAACCAGUUUGUAUUGUACCGUGUAACUGAGGUCACCAAGAUGGAUGACACUGACACGUUUUAUUCCCUCAAGUAUCAAAUCAAAGAAGGCAACUGUUCUGUUCAAAGUGGCAAAACGUGGCAGGACUGUGACUACAAAGAAUCUGAGCAAGCUGCCACAGGAGAAUGCACAGUGACCGUGGGUAAGAGAGGGAAUGAGAAAUUCUCCGUAGCUACCCAGACCUGCCAGAUUACUCCAGCGGAGGGCCCUGUGGUGACAGCCCAAUAUGACUGCGUUGGCUGCGUGCACCCCAUAUCAACGGCGAGCCCAGAAUUGGAACCCAUCCUGACACAUGCCAUUCAGCAUUUUAACAACAACACUGAUCAUUCCCACCUUUUUGUUCUUAGAGAAGUAAAAAAGGCCCAGGCACAGGUGGUGGCUGGAUGGAACUAUGAAGUUACUUACUCAAUUGUGCAAACAAAUUGUUCCAAGGAGAAUUAUCUAUUCUUAACUCCAGACUGCAAGUCCCUUUCAAAUGGUGAUAUUGGUGAAUGUACGGACAGUGCAUACAUGGAUCCUCAGCUGAGAAUUGCUUCCUUCUCACAGAAGUGUGACCUUUAUCCAGAGGAAGAUUUUGUACCACCACCUCCCGAGAUUUGUCUUGGAUGCCCCACAAAUAUACCUGUCGACAGCCCAGAGCUAGAAGAGGCUCUGAAUCAUUCCAUUGCAAAACUUAAUGCAGAGAAUAACCAAACUUUCUAUUUCAAGAUUGACAGAGUGACUAAAGCAACAGCACAGGUGGUGGCUGGAAUGAAGUAUUAUAUUGAGUUCACGGCCCGGGAAACCACAUGCGCCAAGAAGAGUAAUACAGAAUUGACUGCAAACUGCAUGAUCAAUAAAUUUGGACAAAUUCUAGACUGUAAGGCUAACGUUUAUGUGGUACCUUGGGAGAAAAAAAUUUACCCUACUGUUGACUGUGAACCACUGGAAAAGAUCUCAUUGAUGAAAAGGCCUCCAGGUUUUUCACCUUUCCGAUCAAUACUCAUGGCAGGAACAAAAGAAGGAACAACUGUAAGUCUACCCCACAAUCCCAUGGCUCCUGUUCAAGAUGAAGAGCAGGAUUCAGGAAAAGAACAAGGACCCACUCGUGGGCAUGGUUGGGGCCAUAAAAAGCAAAUGAAACAUGGUCGUGGCCAUGGCCAUAAGCAUGAGCAUGACCACGGCCAUGGGCACCAAAAGGGACAUGGCCUUGGCCUGGCCCAUGGACAUAAACAUGGGCAUGGGCAUGGCCACGGAAAACAUAAAAAUAAAGGAAAAAACAAUGGAAAGCACAAUGGUUGGAGAAAAGAGCACUUGGCAAGUUCUUCUGAAGAGUGUACUACAUCUUCUGCACAGACAGAAGAGAAGACAGAAGGGCCAACAUCCCUCCCUUCCCCAGCCCAGCCAGGUGUAGCUGUUACCUUUCCUGACUUUGAGGACUCAGAUCUCAUUGCAACUGUGAUGCCUAAUAUACCAGCAGUUCCCACAGAGAGUGGUGGUGAUUGGAUCCCUGACAUCCAGAUACAGCCAAAUAGUCUUUCAUUUAACCUGAUAUCAGAUUUUCCAGAAACAACUUCCCCCAAGUGUCCUGGACGGCCCUGGAAACCAGUUAAAGAAAUGAAUCCAACUGUAGAAAUCAAAGAAUUUCAUGAUUUUGACCUCACUGAUUCUUUCUAUUAAUUUAUGUAACCAUGGGUAUUUCUCUAACACUUUCAUCAUCCCCUCCCCAUUAUCUAAAUAUCUGAUAUAAUACACUAAAAACCAUGAAGCUUCAGAACAGCCUAGAGAGAAGUGUUGAGACUCCCAAUGGUGACACCUUCAGUCUCCAUGGAUGAUGUAAAACUGUGUGCAGAAUUGGAAAUCCUUUCUGAGUCUUCCCUACACAUUUUCUUAACUAGCAUAGAAAAUGGAUAAACUAAUGUGCCUCUUGGCCUCCUGCAGUUUGCUUUUCUGGUUACAAAUGUGUGCCUUAACACAUGUCAUUGGUUUUCAUGAAAAGAUUCCUGACGUUCUCAGUAAGUUGUGGCAUCUGGUCCCUGAACCCUUGUGAAAAUAAGGGAAGUCAAGAGACUGAAAGCCGAACUUUUUAAUGAGGAAAAUAAUAAUAAAACUUCCAGAGGUCAAAAAGGGACAACAAGAAAGAAACAUUGGCUAAAGAAAGCACAAGUAGAAGUAAAUUAAUUGACUUUGUUUCCAAAAUGGGCUAGUUAUAUCAAAUAGUUACACUCACUUGACAAAGCUAUUCUGAUAAUUCUCUUUCUGGGCGGGAGUGUUUCUCAUAAGUCAAUACUUUCUGUUUACUCAUUAACUACUUCUUGCAACAAGGCUUUCAAAUAUCAGUUAUCUGUUUAUUUAUCGCUGAGGCUGGAUUAAAUAUUCCUGUUUUCAGCAGCUCUGAGUUUAAUGAUAAGGAUAUAAUACAGAGGCAGGCUUGCUAAGGUAACCAUUUUUAUAGUUGACAAGGGAAUAUCUACAAGGUGCAAUUCAAAUUUUGUUCAAGAAUUUUAUGAGGAAAUUCCUCUCUAGCCUCACUUUAUAAUCACACAAUCUUUUUGCUAUGACACUAAAGAACACUCAUUUUUGCAACAGAGAAUAAUAUGAUUGCCUUUAAUUGCUUUAUAAUGUGAAGGAGGCAUACAUUUUAUGAUCCUUGCUGUGAUUUUGCCUUGGGAAACAUGAUAGGGGUGGAAACGGCUGCACUCACCUGUGGACGAAUGUUUCUCUGCUUGUGUACCUCAUUUACUGGAUGUAUUUGAGUCUCUGAGUUCCUAUUUCAUUUCAAGUAUCUUCUGUACUUUUAAAUAAAGAACCAGCAUGUCAGGAAAAAGUC